AUGGUAACAGUAGCCACAUUAGUAGUUUGGUGGCAUGAGAAACAUAUAGUAAAGGAGCCUUACUUGGACUUUAAAGUAGCACGUGAAAUAUAUCUAAGGCGUCUUUACUAUGGAAACAAUAGAGUUUGUGUAGAGCAACUUAGACUCAAUAAACAUUGUUUUACUGUUUUAUGUACAAAUUUAAGAGAGCAUUGUGGGUUGAGGGAUACUAGAAAUAUUACUGUUGAAGAAGCAGUUGCAAUGUUUCUCUAUGUUCUUGCUCAUAACUUUAAGAAUCGCACUGUCAAUUUUAAUUUCAUAAGAUCAGGUGAGACAGUUAGUCGAUACUUUAAUAUAGUUCUAUGUGCUAUCAUAAAAUUGGGGAGACACUAUCUUAUCCAGCCUGAAACGGAAAUGGAAGGUUACGAGCAUGAAAAGUGGGAAUGGUUUCAGGAUUGUCUUGGAGCGUUAGACGGUACUUAUGUUAAAGUACAUGUUCUUCUUAGAGAUCAAGGAAGAUAUAGGAAUAGGAAGAAUGAGAUAGCAACAAAUGUUUUAGGUGUAUGCUCCCGUGACAUGAGAUUUACAUAUGUAUUGCCUGGAUGGGAAGGUUCUGCAGCAGAUAGUAGAGUUCUACGGGAUGCGUUAGUUAGAUCAGAUCCAUUAAUUGUUCCCAAAGGCAAGUACUUUCUUGUUGAUGCGGGUUAUGCAAAUAGCUCCGGUUUCUUAGCUCCAUAUAGGGGAGUUAGAUAUCAUCUUAGCGAGUGGUCUGCUAGUGGGAGGAAGCCUGAAAAUUUUAAAGAGUUAUUCAACCUUCGACAUUCAAUUGCUCGAAAUGUGAUUGAAAGGACAUUUGGUUUGUUCAAGAAGCGGUGGGCCAUUUUGAGAGAUGCAUCUUUUUUUGAUGUUAAGACUCAUGUCAUGAUAAUUAAUGCAUGUGCCAUCCUUCAUAAUCUUAUUCGAGUAGAACAACCAAAUGACCCUUACUUGGAUGAAGUUGAUGCUGAGAUGCGAAGAGUACAACAUGAGGUUGAUGAUGAAGAUGAAAUGGAAGAUGAAGAUGAGGAAAAUGGAAUGGAAGAUGAUGGUCCAAAUAAUGAUGGUGGUGUAAAUGCUGUUAACGAGAAUCGAAUUCGAACAGUACAACCAACUAGCGAGUGGACACAAUUUAGGAAUGCUUUAGCACGAGCAAUGUUUAUUGACUAUCAAAUUAGACAAGGCCAUCAUGGAAGUUGA